UCAGAGGCCCACCUCGAAAACCUACCCAAAAUCACACCUUUUUCCGCACCACUCUCUAAUAUUGUAUACAAAGUGCUGAUUAUUAACCAAACCAUGGAUACAGAGGAAUUCAGUUUCCCCAGAAUCACUGAUACUUGUUCACACACCAUUGAUUCACCUCCUCUGUGGAAUCUGUCACCAGCAGCUUCUCCAAACCCCUACCAAGGAAACAGAAGAGGAGAAAAUGAUUGCUUUGGAGCAGCAAAACUAGUGGCUGAGGUUCACAGAAAGAGCUUUUCUUGUGUGGAGAAUAGAAGGAAAAAGAAUGGAUUUGAAGAGGAAGAGGAAGAAGAAGAAGAGAAAAUGGACUUGUUGUGGGAGGAUUUCAAUGAGGAAUUGUACUCUACAACAACAACAGGCUCUGCUACCUCUUCUUCAAGGGAAGUUGUUGAGUUUAGAAAUGCUCAUGAAUUAACUCUUGCAAAAACCACUCAUAAUUCUCUGCUUCAUCCAACCAAGAACAAACCAGCCAUGGUGGUGAUUGUGAAGAUCUUCAAGAAACUUUUCUCCAUUCAUAAUUCUCAAGGUAGAUCAAGAAAAGCAGUGAGACAAGGCAAUUAGGGUUCUGUUGGUGUCAUGUGAUUGACUAAUUAGGAAUAUCUGAUAAAUCUUCUUGUUUCUACUCAUCACAGUCUGUCAUAUAACUGAUAAAUUUUCUUGUUUUUUUAUUCAGUUCAUUACAGUCUGUCAUAACUUUUCAUGUUGAUGUACAUGUAAAUUGUGAAUAUAAAUU